GAGGCACAUACACAGCCGUCGCCAUACUUACAGUGAUUCGUGUUGUCGAUUGUUAAAGGUUUUUCAAAAUAGUUCCUUUCAUUGUUCCACUUAAUUAACUGUGUGUUUAGCGUAACAAUACCUGUGUGUGUUUGGACAAGUGUUGGAUAUUGUACAAUUAAAAGAGACGAUAAUCUGGUGUACUGCUGGCAAGUGAAGAUCAGAUAUCCAUGGGGAUGUGAAUCAGCCGUCUUAGGCGGUUACAGGUUCACGGUAUUCGUGCAGAUGUUGAGGUGCAAAGUUGUAAUAAAAUAAAAUGAUAUAAAAGAAUCUUAAUCUGGCAUGGCCAGUCAUUGCGAAUGAAAUGGAUAUGUAUAAAGGAAACUAAAUAUACAGAUGAUGAAAUUUCAUCAUUACAAUAAGAAUUAGAUAGAAGAAGCUUUGGUGACUUUAGUAUCUCCCUCAAUGAAUUGACUAAUUUGUUUCCAUGAGACUAUAGAACAGCAGUGCAAAGGUUACAAGAGGAGUUUAUCGUAAUUGAUAAACAAAACGAUAACAACUCAAUAAAAAUGGCAUGAAACAGCAGUGGCGACCCUCAAACCUGCAUGUUUCAUCUUGUAAAACUUGAUCAUCAGCAGAUUAAACUUUUUGAAAGUCCUGAAGUUAAAACUUUUCUCAUUACAAAAAUGAAGGCACGUAAAUAUGAUCUUAUGUUUGAUGAAAAAGAUCCAACAAUUGCUUCUGUGCAGGUUAAAGAUGUCGAUAUGUUGGAAGAAGCUAAACUGUAUUUUGUGCAUUUGGUUGUACGCCGUUCUGUUGAUAUCAAAAUUGUCAAACCAACCUAUUUGUCAACAGGUGAACUUUUGCAGCUGCUUCAAAAAGCCAGAAGAGAUGGAAAGCUGUGUGUGGAACUAAAUAAUGAUGUGAUAACAUUUGUUUCAACUAAAGAUAUUGAUGAACGUGUUUGCAGGACAUGGAACAAAGUCAUCACUGACGGCUGUGCAGAGGAAAUUCAGAUGUCAAGAGACGUUUACUCAGUGUUCCUUCGUGGCUGGGAAACGAACUGGAUACAAGACCUGUCAGAGGAAGAUGAUCCUGCUAUUAUUGACCUGUUUACAAAUGAUGACAAGUAUGGCGUCGCACUGAAGGGGACGGAAAACAGUUGUAUACAAAAUGGUGGAUGCCAUUCAAGAAAAACAUUCAAAACCUAAACCUAUUAAUCAACUAGGAAAGCAAUGCACAGAAAACCAAUAUGCGAGUGAAAAUUCUGAAACAUUACAUUCCUUUGGUUACGAAACAUUGUCCUAUGAGCGUACCACUGGAAGUCUAGAUUUCAAAGGGAAUCUUCUUACUGUCAAAGUUUACAUCGCGGAUAUCACCAAGCUGAAGGUUGAUGUUGUUGUUAACGCUGCCAAUGGACAACUGGAUUACGGCAGUGUCGCGAAUUACAUUGCACAAGCUGCUGGUGACGACUUAGAAAGUGAAGACUAUAUUCAGAAACAUGGUGAUGUCCCUGUAACCAAUCUUGCAGUAACCGGCGCAGGACGUCUGCCGUGCAAGAGUGUGUUCCACGCUGUAUGGCCGACCUGGUACGACUACAGUGAGGAGGAGAAACACGUCUGUCUGGAGGAUCUGUUGAAAACUAUCUUCAGAUGUCUGUGUGCCGCCAGAGAUCUAAAUAUGACGUCCAUUGCUAUUCCUCCCAUCGGUUCAGUGAUAUCUGGAGUACCGAAGGUGUACUGUGCAGAGAUGUAUGUACGAGCUGUUAGAGGUUUUGACCUGUAUGUCCAGGGAGGUUCUUUGAAGGAAGUCCAUUUUGUGGAUGAAAAUACAGAAAUGGUGGAUUUGAUACAAAAAUCCUUUAGAAAAGAAUGGAAGAAAUCAGUUAGUGAAGAAACUGCCAUGAAUGACCAGAUGAUCAUUAACGAGAUGUUAGGAUCAUUUUCAGUUCAGCCAAAUGGUUCUUCGGCAUGGUCAACAGCUGGAGUCAUGAACAGUUCCAUUCUGGACAAUUUGACAACUUUCGAUCUGUACAAAGACAAGGCCCAAAACAAGCCGCAGUGUCAGUACAUGGAGCAGGAGUAUUAUCGGCCGGAGAACAUGAUGCCCGCCGAUCCAUACAGUGCGAUGAACGGGGAGUUGGACAGGGACGGUGUGAACACUGUGGAACAGAAUCUAAAGGGGAUGACUCUAGCCGACGGCAAAAUGGAUGGUGUGGUGAACGAUAUGGGUGGGGGUGAGAAUGGGGUGAAUAUGGCACAGGGACCAGUUAUUUCGGGUGGUGGAGGAGGGGGCGGUGGUUCGCAGGCUCCGAAGAAGGCCUCGUGGGCUGCGAUAGCGAGUCAGCCGACUCGACAGCAGCCAAAACAACGGACAAUUCCGCGGCCACCCGUCAACCCCAAGCAGCACAAUAUGGACAUAGGCACGUGGGGGGAGAACCGAUGCAACGGUGGUGGGUUCAACGCACCUCAGCGACAGAUGAACUCUUCUUCGUACAAUUCGUCGGGUGGGAAUUCUGGCGGCGGCAACGACCACCGCUCCAACAGCAACGGCGGGUACAGUGGGUCGUCUAAUUCUUCGUCAACAUCGUCAGCAGUGAUGGCUGUGCACAGUCCCGUUGUGGAUAAGUUGAAAUCGUCGAACCAAUAUAACCCCAAGGAAUACAACCUCAACCUGAAACGUGCGCGUUUCUUCAUCAUAAAGAGUUACUCUGAGGACGAUAUCCACCGGUCUAUCAAGUACAGCACCUGGUGCAGCACGGAACACGGAAAUAAACGUCUCGACCAGGCAAUGCGCGAACGCGAGGGCAAAGGCCCCAUCUUCCUUCUGUUCAGUGUUAAUGGCAGCGGACAUUUCUGCGGAUUGGCACAGAUGGUUUCGCUGGUGGACUACCAGAAGAGCAGCGGUAUGUGUGCACAGGACAAGUGGAAGGGACAGUUUGAGGUGAAGUGGAUCUAUGUGAAGGACGUGCCCAACAGCCAGCUGAGACACAUCCGGCUGGAGAACAAUGAAAACAAGCCUGUGACCAACUCACGCGACACUCAGGAGGUGCCGCCCGAGAAGGGUAAACAGGUGUUGAAAAUAAUUCAUAGCUACCAGCACAAGACGUCCAUCUUCGAUGACUUCACUCUCUAUGAAAAACAGGAGGAAGAGGAAGUCACGAAGGUAAAUUGGAAAUUGUAACCUCUGCAAUUAAGAAACUAGUGUCCACGGCAUUUUUCCACGGCAAUUUGUUAUAUUUGCAACUCUGUAUUGUAAGUAAAUUUGAA